AUGUACCCAGGGCUGUUUCUAGUCUUCUAUGGACUGUAUCAGGCAAUAGUGGUCUCCAAAGCUGCGAUAUUCAAUGACUCUCUCCUGUAUUCUUCAUGCCCUCUCAGGAAUAAGGGAAGAUGGGCCAGGCUGUGGAAACUAUCCUAUAGAGGUUUGUUGAAGAUGGUGACUGGCUCCCUCUUGAUAGCUUAUGAGAUCAGCUGUGUCACAGGAGGGUUGAAGCUGAUGAACAGGGAGCUGCCACCGAGAUUUAUGUUCCCCAAAGAGUGGCAGCACCUCACCAUGUUCGUCCUCCUCAGCCUCAAUGGCUGUGCAGAUGUCACGAGUAAGAACUUGCUGCCUCAGAGAUGUGUACUCCUAGAAAAAGGUACCCUGGUCCUGACCUUCUAUGUGCUCCUGCUGCUGCUGGUGUCACAUGUUCAGGACUCAUCAGGGGUGGAGCUGCAGACUCAUUCUCUGCUCAUCUUGGUGGUCUUUCUGCUGAUGCUGGUGUUGACUGUAGAGCUCUGGGCUCCUGAAAUGUUUUACCUCUCGCUGAUCGAGACUUUUCUGUUUCUCCUGAUGGGCUCCUGGCUGAUACAGGCAGCCUUCAUUCUGUACAGACCCGUCACGGGCUACCCAUGGCAGGACGAUGACAUCAGCGACAUCAUGUUUAUCACCACUUUCUUCUGCUGGCAUUUGAUGAUCAAUGCUUUGUGCCUGUUGGGAAUCUAUGGUGUCUCUUUCUUUUGGCAUCGUUGUCACAGUCCCAGCUUGAAGCUCAUGGAGACUAAAGAAGCUCCAUAUGCCACGAGCACUGUAGGAUCCCUCUACAACUUGCUGCAGGAAGGGGAGCAGGCAGAGAAAGAAGAACAGGCUCUUCUCCUUUCAAAGAGUUCGCCCUGA